AUGAUGUAUAAACGCAUAUUUAGGGAAGCUGUGGUGGAGGAACUAACCAUGUUGGGAGCAAGAGUCCACACAUGUGCCAGAGACGAAAAUCAGCUUCAAGAAAGCUUACGUGAAUGGCAAGCAAAAGGGUUUCAGGUUACCACUUCUGUUUGCGACGUUUCUUCUCGUGACCAACGAGAGAAACUCAUGGAGACUGUUUCCUCUAUCUUCCAAGGAAAACUCAACAUCUUCGUAAGCAAUGUCGGAACGGGUGUAGUAAAGCCGACCACAGAGUGUACGACUGAAGAAUUCUCUUUUAUAAUGGCUACAAAUCUCGAGUCAGCUUUCCAUCUCUCACAGCUCGCGCAUCCUUUGUUGAAAGCCUCUGCUUCAGGGAACAUUGUGCUCAUGUCUUCCGUUGCUGGGGUUGUGAACUUGAGUCUUACAUCCAUCUAUGGGGCAACAAAAGGAGCCAUGAAUCAGCUCGCGAGAAAUUUGGCAUGCGAGUGGGCGAGUGAUAACAUAAGGGUUAACUCUGUUUGUCCAUGGUUCAUCACAACUCCUUCAACUAAAAAUUUUCUCAGUGGUAAAGAUACAAAAGAAAAGGUGGAGAGUGUGACACCAAUGGGACGUGUUGGAGAGGCAAAUGAAGUGUCAUCGCUUGUGGCAUUUCUCUGUCUUCCUGCAGCUUCUUAUAUUACUGGUCAAACUAUUUGCGUCGACGGAGGCUUCACUAUUAACGGCUUCUCCUACAGGCCUCUGUUUUGA